UGACAAUUGUUUUAUUGAUUAACCACUGAUGAUAGUCUUCUUCAUUUUCAACCCUUCUGGAGUUUGGGUUGAGUCAAUGGCCACAUUAGCACAAGGAGUUUAGGGCAGGUGGGAUUACUUGCUGGGCUGUCAUAUUGGUUAGAGUCCUGCAAAUGAAGCAGAGUCUGAGAAGAGUUGAUACAAAAUAAAGAGGAAGCUGAGACCUGAGCCCCUUUUAAAAAAAAUCCUCACUUGAGAAUCAAUGUUUAUUGAUUUUAGAGAGAGAAGAAGGAAGGGAGAGUGGGAAAUAUCAAUCCCAUAUGCCACAUGGGACAGAACCCACAGCCUAGGUAUGUGCCUGGAUUGGGAAUUGAACCCACAACCUUUGGGUAUAUAGAAUGAUGCUCCAGCCAACUUAGCCACCUGGGCAGGGUGAGGCUUGAGUGUUUCUUAAGGGUUGGUACUUUCCACAAAAGUUGGAGACAAUUCUACAGCAUUGUUAUGUUACCUGAUCUGAAAGGUAGCCUGGAAAUUCAAGGUCUUUGGUGACAGCUGAGCACAAGCUAGCAAUUGUAAAUGGUUCUUGGGUAUGUCUGGAAUCCUCCCCCUCUCCGAUUGGCUUUGGAAAGCAAACAGAGUAUAACAAUAGGAGUUCUGGAAUGUUCCUUCGUGGGGCUGACCUUUGUAUUACUGCUAAGCCAUGUCCUCUCUUUUCAGAGAUAAGAGACUAAGUUAAAACUGGAUGGGAAGCUUUGAAGGAUGUGACAGGAUUUUCCCCUCUCCUCCCCUUUCCCACUUUGACCUUCACACUUUCCCAACAAGAAGAGGAAGGCAGGAAGUUUUCCCUGUGGGUUUUUUCUUUGUGACGACAUGAUGGGGCAGGUCCAUCGAUGGGGAAAACCCCGUGGGAGAACACGCCUUUUGUGUACAUUCCCAAUAUUUGCUAUAAGUAGUGCCAUCUGAGUCUCAGGUCGCUACCAGAGCUUAGCAACUCUCCCAGGGCUCCGGGUACUCAGCACUGUGCACAGCUGUCCUGUGAGCUGAAAAUGAUGAGCAGUAGCAAGUGUUUGCUCGUGGCUGCUUUGAUGUCACUGCUGCUACUCCACCUCUGCAGCCAGUCAGAAGCAGCAAGGGCCUUUGACUGCUGCCUGCGGUAUACGCAUCGCGUACUUCGUACCAGAAAUAUCAAGGGCUUCUCGAGACAGCACGCCAAUGAAGCUUGUGACAUCGAUGCAAUCAUCUUCUACACAAGCAAAGGAUGGGCUGUGUGUGCAGAUCCAAAGAAGAAGUGGGUGACGCAUGCCAUUCACGUCAUCAGGUAUGAUACCGUCACGACCUACUAGCCUCUCUGCAAAUGUGUGGGGCAAGAGCGAUGGACAGAGUGGUGGAUCCUGGGCUCGCUGGGAUGUUUUAGCCUAAGCACGGUGGAAGUUUGAAAAUGGAAAUUGGAGUUGGACCAUCCAAACAAAAAUUCAAUUGUUUCCACCUACAAAACUUUUUUAUUUUUGAAAAUUUAAUUUUUCACAUGAUGUAUUCGAUUCCUCUCUGCAUUUGAUAUUCACGAGCUGUUUGAUUCUUGUGGCAGAAAUGUCUCCUGUUUAUAUAAUUUGCAGACUUCACGACAUUUGUUUGUUAAAAACUGAGAAAUAAACAGUGAGAAAGAGAACAGUGGUUCUGAUUUACACUGACGAUAACAGAGAGUCACAUCUUAUCAACAGAUAGAAGCCCUCUAACACCAGGGUGCUAUAGACACAGAAUUCGAAGACACAAUGCAAGUGUUCACAUCCAGUUUCUGUCAUUAGCUCACUGAGUUUUGGUGGGCAGGGCUCUUCCUCCCUGAACCUUGGUGUCCUCAUCUGCACUCAGGGCUGCUUCGCAUCCUGAGAUGAGAACAGGGAAUGAGAGGCCAUCAUGAGGCAUG